AUGACUUUGUCGCUGAUACUCAUUUGUUUUAAAUCGCUGCGACUUGUACAUAUUUUUGUUUGUUGCCAGUUCAUUUGUCUUUUUCCGGUACGCAAGGUCGUCGAAUCACAAAAAACCAUGGCUGAUGUAGAUGUCGAAGUUGCCCCUAACCCCGUGUUGAGCGGAGGCGCUAUGGAUGUGAACACAGCUCUGCAAGAAGUUCUUAAGACCGCUCUCAUCCACGGUGGUCUAGUUCACGGACUUCAUGAGGCUGCUAAAGCUCUAGACAAGAGGCAAGCAGUCCUGUGUGUGCUAGCUGAGAACUGUGAUGAAGUAUCAUACAAGAAGCUCGUACAGGCUCUAUGCAACGAACACCAGAUCCCUCUUGUCAAGGUUGACAACAAUAAGAAACUGGGUGAAUGGGCUGGUCUCUGCAAAAUCGACAAAGACGGCAAAGCUAGGAAGAUUGUCGGCUGCUCAUGCGUCGUUAUUAAAGAUUUCGGUGAGGAGACGCCAGCGCUGGACGUGCUCAAAGACUAUCUGAAGACUUCGAGCUAA